AUGAUCGGAGAGAAGAUGAAGGUUUCUCAGAGUCGUCAAAAGAGUUACCAUGACAAGAGAAGGAAAGUGUUUGAGCUUGAGGUAGAUGAUCAUGUGUUUUUAAGAGUUACUCCGGUAACGAGUGUUGGUAGAGCAUUGAAGUCGCGUAAGUUGACGCCACGUUUUAUUGGUCCAUAUCAGAUUUCCGAGAAAGUAGGUGAUGUGGCUUAUCAGAUUACAUACAUUACGGAUCCUUCACAUGUUGUCCAAUUAGAUGAUGUUGAGUUUAGAGAUAAUUUGACCGUGGAGACAUUACCUAUGCGGAUAGAAGAUAGAGAGGUGAAACAACUCCAUGGUAAAGAGAUCGCUUUGGUGAAAGUCGUUUGGGGAGGACCGGCUGGUGGAAAUGUGACGUGGGAGCUUGAGAGUCAGAUGAGAGAUUCAUAUCCCGAGUUGUUUGCUUGA